AUGCGGCGCGGCCUGCUCGGGCCUUCCCGCCCGCUGCAACCAGGCGUCACCAUGACUGGGCCGCAACGCGGCCCGAACUGCCGGUACCCCCGGUACAAGGACCGGGGCCUCUGCUCUGCUCGGUGCUUCGGGGCAAAAACGUUCCCCAAACGGCAGGGAAUGCGCUCUGCGCUGCGGCCUCGCGCUCUGGAAGGCCUUGGCAGCUCCCUUCAUGGCGCUCAUCUCCAGAGCUUCCUCCAGAGGCCCUGCCUGGGCCCUUCGGUCCCAUCCCGACGCAAGGAAGAUACUUUUCUCCCGGACCGUGUGCACGACGCAGGUCAUGAGGCUAGUGCGGUUCAGUCCCGUCCGUGUUUCGGGGAACGGCUCCGUUUCCGGAUCGGGUUCAGAUCUCCCUGUCGUUCCUCUGACCUGGCUCCGUGGGCGCUGCCGGAGGAGCCGCGCGGUCUCCUGCCUCCAUCCAGUGGUUUGUGCAGCACGGUGCAAGCGCCACGUUUCGGGAAGCUGAUUCGGGAUGGAGAUGGUGGGGAGCCGACGGGCUGCACAAAUUUGCCAAGAUUGUGUUUUCCUUCCUUCUUCAUCCCUUCGUUAUUGUUUUUGUUGCAGUGGGAGAAACUACAGAUGACAACAAGCGAGAGGAGGAAAAUCGUCUGCUCCGUCACGUUCCACGUAAUCGCCAUCACCUGCGUGGUCUGGUCGCUGUACGUCUUAAUCGACAGGACGGCGGAGGAAAUCAAACAAGGCAAUGACAACGGUGUCCUCGAGUGGCCCUUCUGGACAAAGCUCGUGGUGGUGGCCAUCGGCUUCACGGGCGGCCUGGUCUUCAUGUACGUGCAGUGCAAGGUGUACGUGCAGCUGUGGCGCCGCCUCAAGGCCUACAACCGCGUCAUCUUCGUGCAGAACUGCCCGGACACGGCCAAGAAGCUGGAGGAGAAGCUCCCGGACGCCAGGGAGGCCGUGCUCGUGCCCGGGGCACACACAGGUACCAGCUCGGCGGCCGCCGAGAUGACGCCCGAGGUCCUGCCGGGGCGACGGGGCCGGCGCCUGCGCCCUGCGGAACGAGCGAUGCGCAGCGGGAGCGGGAGGGACUGCGCGUUCUGCUUUUCAGUUCAAAACCAGAAACAAACAGAGCACCACGAACACCAGAGCCGCGGCACGGAGACGGGGCCAGCAGAGCAGCCCGGCGCUCUAUGGAACGUGACCAUUUGUGAAUGUCAGCAACAGAACACACAACUUGCCAAAACAUUUCAGACCAACAGCUUCAACGUCUUUGGCACUUGCGCAACUGAGCUUCCAGUUGAAUUUAAGAAUGGAGCAAAGACCUCAGCUGAAAGGCGCCCCGUCCCUUUGAAGUAUUUAUUGGUGGCCAAAGCAGCAAGGCAAGGUCGGGCCUGCGGGGAGCAGCAGCAAGGGGCUCCGGAAGGCCCGGAGCGGCCUCGAGGCGUUCAGUGUCACCCCGGGGAUGGCCUGGGGCUGCUGGGACCUUCCUGCUGGCCGGGACGUUGCCACCCCAGGCCAGAGCUGCCACCACCCCGCAAGGCUGCACGCGCGGAGCCCGGCCCUGCGCUGCUGCACAGAGCGUGGCCGCCUGCCCUGGCCACGGCCACGGCCUGCAGGGCUCUGCGCUGCAAAAGCAGCGGCCUGAAGAGCCCGAGGCCCCUGCUGAGCCCUUCUGAUGGAGCGUGUAAUGGUGGAGCUAACAGGGAUCCGUAUUGUGUAGCCACGGGGUACCCAGGCAAACGCACCGCGAGCAGAAUGUAG